AUGACAAGAACAAAUAAAUGGACUGAGCGUGAAUCAAAAGCUGAUCCAAAAUACUUUUCACACACCGGUAACUACGGCGAAUCUCCAAAUCAUAUCAAGAAACAAGGUUCCGGCAAAGGCAACUGGGGUAAGCCAGGUGACGAAAUCAAUGACUUAAUUGAUAGCGGCGAAAUACCUCCAGUAUUUAAGAAAGAUAGAAGAGGUUCAAACUCUCAAACGCAUAAAAACGUCCAAAACGAAUGA